CAGGAACUGCAGAUGCCCAACAGCAGCUCCAUCAGCCAGUUCCUCCUCCUGGCGUUGGCAGACACGCGGCAGCUGCAGCUCCUGCACUUCUGGCUCUUGCUGGGCAUCUACCUGGCUGCCCUCCUGGGCAACGGCCUCAUCAGCACAGCCGUAGCCUGCCACCACCGCCUGCACACCCCCAUGUACUUCUUCCUCCUCAACCUCGCCCUCCUCGACCUGGGCUGCAUCUCCACCACUCUCCCCAAAGCCAUGGCCAAUGCCCUCUGGGACACCAGGCACAUCUCCUACGCUGGAUGCGUUGCACAGGUCUUUUUGUUUGUCUUUCUGAUAUCAGCAGAGUAUUCCAUUCUCACCAUCAUGUCCUAUGACCGCUAUGUUGCCAUCUGCAAGCCCCUGCACUACGAGACCUUGAUGGACAGCAGAGCUUGUGCCACCAUGGCAGCAGCUGCCUGGGGCACUGGGCUUCUCUAUUCCCUGCUGCACACUGCCAAUACAUUUUCAGUACCAUUCUGCCAUGGCAAUGCUGUGGAUCAGUUCUUCUGUGAAAUCCCCCAGAUCCUCAAGCUCUCCUGCUCAGAUGCCUAUCUCACGGAAGUUGGGCUUAUUGUGUUUAGUAUCCUUGCCUUUUUUGGGUGCUUUGUAUUCAUUGUUGUGUCCUAUGUGCAGAUCUUCAGGGCCGUGCUGACGAUGCCCUCUGAGCAGGGACGCCGCAAAGCCUUCUCCACAUGCCUCCCUCACCUGGCUGUGCUCUCCCUGUUUCUCAGCACUGCCAUGAUUGCCUAUGUGAAGCCACCCUCCAUCUCCUCCCGGGCCCUGGACCUGGUGGUGUCAUUUCUGUACUCAGUGGUGCCUCCAGCAGUGAAUCCCCUCAUCUACAGCGUGAGGAACCAGGAGCUCAAGAAUGCAGUGAGGAAAAUGAUGCCCUGGUCACAGUUUAGCAGGGAUAAACUUCUCAUCUGUCUCUAUAAAUAUCUCACAGUCUGUCCCAUAGCACACCUAUAUUAUGUUUUUUAAUGUGUGUAAUACUUAAUUAUAUUAGUAGAUACAUUUUUCCUUGCAGUUCAUAUAUAUAUGUGUGUAUGUAAUUAUCAUUAGUGGUUACCAUGAUCCUAAACAUGUUUUUGGAUUCCAACCACUUCUCUGAGGCAUCACCCUGCUCUUUCUCCUGGAGUACAUAUGAACUCUGGGUCAGUGCUGACUUUCUAACAAACUCUGUGCUCCAUCUCUGUAUCUGCAGGCAAACGAGAUGCCAGCAAGCACCGUGGAGCUGAAAUAGGCUGGAUUAGCAAAAGAGAUCAAUGUAUUAGAAUAAGGACCAAUUUAUUACGUUAGCAAAAGGAAUCAGUGUGUGCUCAUCCCAAAUCUUCCCAGUUUAGCUUUGCUUGAUGUGUGAACAGCCCCGUUUUUAUCACUUCUGUUUCACGGAAGAACUGAAAUCACUUUUUUGCCUCUGCCAGGUGUAAGGACUUGUUCUUGGGUUUGGUAUAAACUGUUUACAGUUACAGUGCACCAAGAUAGAAAGAUGCUAAUUGUGGUAAAACAAGCAAUGGAAAUUUACCAAACUGGGGGAAAAGAGCCCCAGUGAGCCCCACGGUGAGCCAGGGUGCACGGUGAUGAAGAGGAAGAUGAAAUAAAGGGGAGGAGGUAGGUGCUGUGAGAAGGAGGACAUGUGGUGUCAGGGGCUGUGCUGGGGGCACAUCUCUGUACCACUGCACGCAUGCUGCCCCACACAGUGCCUGCACUG